AUGUUGCCCAUCGCCAUACUCGCAACUAUCCUGGGGACUGCAAAGUCGCCCAAUGGGUUCUUGCGCCCUGCCAGAGGAUGGAACUCCUGGGGAAUCCAGGCAACCCCUAACACGACCCCUAGUUUCCCCCAGCUCCCUGGCCGAGUCGUCAACCAGGAAUUCAUCAUGGAGCAGUGCACGGUCCUGGUUGAGCCCGACCUGCGCGCGGCUGGCUAUGACCUAUGCAGCGUGGAUGGCGGCUGGUAUAGCUCCCUCACAGACGAGUUCGGUCGGGUCACACACAACACCACGCUUUUUGAUAUUCCUGCUCUGAGCGACUAUCUCCAUGGCAAGGGUCUCAAGAUGGGCCUCUACAGUCAGCCUGGCAUCCCGUGUGAGGCACGGGAUAAGCAGAUCUUUGGUUCCAAUCUGACUGUCGGGUCAACAUUCAUCGACCAUGUGGAUAAGAACGACAACUGCUACUUUGACUACAGCAACCCGGCCACUCAGCUCUAUCACGAUGAGCUGAUCGCUCUAUGGGCCGCAUGGGGGGUGGACAUGAUCAAACUAGACUACGUGACGCCAGGAUCCAACAUCGAAGACACGCGCAUGCCAGGCAACCUGAGCGCCACGGGAAUUGCCUACCACCGCGCCAUUGCAAAGAGCGGACGGCAGAUUCAACUGGACAUAUCAUCGAACGUGUGUCGGAGCGACCCGUACUGGGGAAUAUGGACCUCCAAUGCGGACAGUAUAAGAGUGGACACCGACAUUAACAGUUAUGGCGAGGAUGUGUUUGUGGGGAUGCCCAAUGUCCAGCGUGCAAUCGAGAACUAUCGACAGUUUGUUAACCUCCAGCUGGUCGACAACAAACCCGUUACCCUGCGAGGGAACCUAGACAACCUGUUUGUUGGGAAUCCAGCUAACACCACAGGGGUGACGGACAAUCAACGCAUUACUCUGAUGAGCCUCUGGAUUGGCGCGUCCUCGAAUCUACUCCUUGGUUCCGACAUGACAAACCUUGACUCGCUAGGCAGGUACUUAACCACGUCUCGGCCCUCUAUUGAAGCCGCGGACUUCUGCGCCGAGUACCCCAUGCAGCCGCGAAAUCCUGGCACGGGCAGUAACCAGGCCAAGCAGUUGCAGGCCUGGAUAGCCGGACCGGAUCAGAAGGGUAAUGCAUAUGCACUAUUGACAAAUCUCGGUCCAAACCACGGUGAUGGUGGCUACGUGACCGUUGGUGUUGGACGGCAGAAUGUGUCCAUUACCCUUGCGGAUCUCGGCCUACGGGGAGGCAGACUCAACAUGCAUUCAGAACUAGUCUCUCCUGCCUACUUUGUGUAUAUAAAUUACCAGGAUAAGUAG